GGACAGAGUCACGCAGCCGAGCACGUGCAGAGUUCACUGCUCGGCCAACCCUAACCCGUACUCACCUCGAUUUGAGUACCGUAGUAACCAAAUGCACGGAGUGAGGUGGUUUCGGUGUUUCUUACUGAGUGCCGGGGUUCACGGAACACUCCGUAGUCCGUACAGCCUGGCAAACCUGUAUCGGUAUGCUCGACUUCCCUUUCAUUAUCAACUCGGAUCCGGAAAGGCCAGUGCAGCCGUACACGUACAGGUACGGCCCUUCCACAUCCUCAGCACGCCUUGCACAAAGCCCGCCAAAUAUCUAAAGCGGUCUUGGAGCGACAGCCGACAAACACGCUGGCGUAUGUCUAUUCCGAGACAUUACGCGGUCGAUUCCCGAUUGGGAUCAGCGAAUAAGGUACGCCGAUACAGUACAGUACACAAACAAGCUGUGUCGAUGUGACGGGACUUGGAUACAUGUGUCCUCGUCGCCUCCCGCACGCUUUGCGUGUAAUAAUUACGGGCGGCAUAAUUACG